AGUUUGACAUAUGUCAAUAACAUUGCAGUGACGUUUCGCAAUUUGCAAUCCGUGUUUUAGCAAAUUUGAAUCUACCUUAUUUAUUAAAAAUGAUUUUCAUUUAUUUCAAAAAACCUUGCACGUGGUGAAGCAAUGAAAUAUUUUUUAGUGUUUAGUAUUUAAUUUACACCUAACUUCAAAAUGACGACCAAGGAACUUUACACUAAGGACGCCCGGGUAUGGGUUGAGCAUCCAGUCCAGGUGUGGGAGGGUGCCACCGUCACCAGCGACUACCGCUCCGGGGUGCUAAUCGUCAAGAUCGACCAGACGGGCGAAAUAAGACAGAUCAAAAUUACAGACGAGAAAAAACUGCCCCCCUUAAGGAAUCCAUCGCUGCUCAUUGGUCAGAAUGAUCUCACUUCACUGUCUUACCUGCAUGAGCCGGCGGUACUGCACAAUCUCAAAGUCAGAUUCUGCGAUCGGAAUGCCAUCUACACAUACUGCGGUAUCGUGCUCGUGGCGAUCAAUCCGUACUAUGACUUGCCGAUAUAUGGUGAUGAAACAAUCAUGGCCUACCGCGGCCAGUCUAUGGGUGACCUUGAUCCUCACAUAUUCGCGGUGUCCGAAGAGGCCUACACUAAACUGGAGAGGGAACGAAGGGACCAGAGUAUUAUAGUGAGCGGUGAAUCUGGCGCGGGGAAGACGGUGUCGGCAAAGUAUGCGAUGCGAUACUUCGCGGCCGUGCGGGGAAACGUCAGCGAAACACAAGUCGAGAGAAAAGUGCUUGCUUCCAGCCCCAUCAUGGAGGCCAUCGGCAACGCCAAAACGACCCGGAACGACAACUCGUCCCGGUUCGGCAAGUUCAUCGAGAUCCACUUCGACCCAGAGUACAGGAUAUGCGGCGCAAGCAUGCGCACUUAUCUGUUGGAGAAGUCCCGGGUGACGUACCAGAGCGCGGGGGAGAGGAACUACCACAUAUUCUACCAGCUGUGCGCCGCGGCUCGCCAGAUGCCGGAUUUAAAGCUAGAUCACCAAGACUGCUUCCAUUACCUCAACCAAGGAGGAAGUCCCGAAAUCGAUGGUGUAAACGACCUGAAGGCUUUUAAUGAGACCAAGAAUGCGCUUACUACUUUAGGUGUGACCGAGUCUGAACAGCAGAACAUGUUCACGGUUCUUGCCGCCAUCUUGCAUCUCGGCAACGUGGAACUUACAUCUUCAGAAGAGGAUGCUGAAAGCGCUUAUAUUGAGUCAGACGACACGCACCUGAAAACAGUAUGUUCAUUACUGGGCAUUUCAAAACUAGAAUUAUCAAGAUGGCUGACUCAUCGACGGAUAGCGUCCGCUCACGAAGUCAUAGUUUCGCGGAUGGACAUACAGAGGGCGGCUUUCGCGAGGGACGCUCUGGCUAAGAGAAUGUAUGGAGAAUUAUUCGCGUGGCUUGUACAAGCUGUGAACAGGGCAUUGGAUACUGGGCAUGCAAAGAAGCAUUUUAUUGGCGUCCUGGACAUUUAUGGAUUUGAGACGUUCGAGAUCAACUCGUUCGAGCAAUUCUGCAUCAACUACGCGAACGAGAAACUACAACAGCAGUUCAACUCGCACGUAUUCAAACUAGAACAGGAUGAAUACAUAAAGGAAGAGAUCUCUUGGAAGAUGAUAGAUUUCUACGACAACCAACCGUGUAUAGACCUCAUAGAAGACCGUCUAGGAGUCCUAGCGCUCCUCGAUGAAGAGUGCCGAGUGCCACAAGGCUCUGACCAGGGCUUUGUGGCCAAGUUGCACGACAAAUGCGCCAAGUACCCGCACUUCCUCAAGCCAAGAUUCGGCAAUGCUGCAUUCAUAAUAAAGCAUUUCGCUGACAACGUGGAAUACCAAUGCGGUGGAUUCCUGGAAAAGAACCGGGAUACAGUUUUGGAGGAGCAACUAGAAUGCAUCAAAUCUGCGACUUGCUGCAGAUUGAUACACGUUAUAUUUGCUGAGACACCGGUCGACCAUUCUGCGACCCUGCCACCGCCUUCUAGAAGGAGGGCUACACCUUCCAUGCCCCUUGGGAGUCUUACGCAACCGCCACGCCGCGCCUCGGGCCAGAAGCAAACAGUAGGCGCACAGUUCAGGGCAUCACUCUCCGCGUUGAUGGCGACUUUGUCCGCGACCACUCCCCACUACGUGCGCUGCAUCAAGCCCAACGACACCAAGACAGCUUUCCAGUUUGACGCGGCUCGGGCUGUCAACCAGCUGAGAGCUUGUGGUGUGUUGGAAACUAUACGCAUUUCUUCGGCUGGUUUUCCCUCUAGAUGGCUUUAUCAGGACUUCUUCCAAAGAUACCGACUGCUUUGUUUAUUCAAAGACAUCGACCGGGCAAACAUCAAGGCCACAUGUUCAAAGAUACUCCUGAAACAUGUCAAGGCCACUGACAAAUACCAAUUCGGUGCUUCCAAGAUCUUCUUCAGAGCUGGACAGGUGGCGUAUUUAGAAAAACUUCGCGCAGACGUCCAAAGGCUCUGUUGCGUACGCGUGCAGAGCUGCGUGCGCGGUUUCCUCGCACGGCGCCGCUACAAGCGGCUCGCGAACGCUAUCCACGGAAUACUGGCGCACGCGAAAGGGUACUUGGUUCGACGGAAAGUGCAAGAGAUCCGUCGCAACCGAGCGGCGAUCAAAAUUCAAAAAACAGUUCGUGGUUGGCUCGCUCGACUCAAGUACCAGAGGUUGAGGCAACUGGCUAUUGGUAUACAGGCGCUCGCCCGAGGCUAUAUGGCCAGGAAGCUUUAUAAAAACAAGAAAAUACUGAAGCUGACUAUCGGUAUACAACGCUACGCGCGCGGUUAUCUCAUCAGAAGACAAAUCAGUAAACGAAAGCGAAAGAUCAUCGUAGCCCAAGCCGCGGUACGCCGCUUCCUAGCCCGCCGUCAAUACAAACGUCUGCGCAUCGAAGCGAGGAGCUUGGAUCACGUCAAGUCCCUCAACAAGGGUCUGGAGAACAAGAUCAUCAGUCUCCAACAGCGAUUGGAAGACGCACUCGGGAAGGUUAAGAAAAUCGAACCAUUGCAGACGCAAAUUGCUGAAUUAAAGGCAAAACUAGAAACCUUAAAACUAGUGGAAAUCGAAGCUAAGACACUCAAAGUGGAUAUACACAGCAAAGAUAAUCUACUGAACAACCUGCGCGUUGAGUUAAAAGCGGAAAAGGACAGCAAUAAGAAACUUAUUGACGAAAAGAAAGAGUUACAAACUAAAUAUAAGAAGGAGAAGGAGAUAUGGGAGAGGGAGAGUGAAAAGUUGGAGAACGAGUUGAGGAGCAAUAAGGAGCAUUAUGAAAUGGCUAUAGAAGAACGUGACAAACGUCACGAGGCGGAGAAGAAAGCGCUAUGUCUAGAGCUGGAAACCGAGAGACAAAGUCGACAGAAAUUGCUGUCCUCACAGUAUGACCUGCAAGAACGGUUGGACAGUAUGCAAAGGGCGCCAUCCAAAGAGCAUAGAAGAUCACUAUCGGAUGCCAGCACCAAUUCACAGCAAGAGACCACUGUGGAAGAUGAUUUUGGAUAUGGGUCAGUGCGUUCUACGGAAUCAUCCAGGCCUGCCCUUGAAGCGGUCAACUGGUCUACUACAAACAGUAACAGUUCCCAAAAUGGACAUAUGCCGAUGGCGGAUGCGGGCUUAGUUCUGCGUAUGCGCAACAGAAUAUCGGUACUCCAGAGCGAACUGUCGCGUACAGCCAAAAGAGCCGCUGACUUGGAAGAUCGCCUUACGAAUCGCCUCACCUCCCCGCCAUCUAACCCGGACUCGGAUCGCUUCAAGGUAGAAGAACUUGAGAUAGAGAACAAGAAACUACGCGAAGACCUGGAGAGACUGCGUGGACUUGGGUCGGUGCAGCUGUCCAAAGAAGUUAUCGAGCAAUUACAUCAUAUGCAAGACGAAUUGGAUAGACGGCGUGAUGAGUGCAUACAACUGAAAAGCGUUCUGACGCAUCAGACAUCGAACCUGAAGUCGCUGGCUACUUCAAACUACGGGUCGGAUGUGGACAUCAUAAACGAGGAUGGUGAACUGGCGUCGGCGUAUCAAGCUCAGAAAGGAAUCAACAGACAACUACAAGAGGAACUUCUAGACGAGAAGAAGUUCUACGCCGAGCAUUUAUCGCAAGCGAAGCAGGAUAUCGAACAACUUCGAGAAGAGAACGAGAAGUAUCAGAAGAUGCUCAGCAAUGACCUUAACCAAGAGCCGAGAAGUAAGGGUCAAGAGUUCGCGCAGAACGAAAUUGUGCGGUUGACCUCGGAGAUAUUGUCGUUACAGGAGCGAGUAGAAAAACUAUCCGAGAGCUGCCGCAAGUACAAGAACCAGAUUAGACUGUUGCUUCAGAAACUGAAAGAAGCGGGCAUCGAGCAUGUUGAAGACAUACUGGAAGAUUCAGCGAUCCAACAGAACACGUCAACCACGCUCGAAGUAAAGCCCGUGAUGCGUAAAAAGGAACGCGAGUACCUCGGCAUGUUCGAAUACAAGUUGCAGGACGAAGGAACCAUUAUCAAGAAACUUAUAAUGGAUUUGAAACCCCGCGUGGCAGUGACGCUGCUGCCAGGGCUGCCAGCCUACAUCCUGUUCAUGAUGAUACUACACACGGACCACGUGGACGACGAGCCCAAGAUGCACGGCCUCAUCCGAGCCAUCCGCAUGGGCGUUAGGAAGACGCUUAAACGACGCGCUGAGAGCGUCGAGUACAACGCCAUGUGGCUUUCGAACAUACUCCGAUUAUUAAACAAUCUCCGCCAGUACAGUGGUGAUGCGAUGUACCAGGAGAGCAACACGCCGCGCCAGAAUCAGCAGAGCUUGCGGAUAUUCGAUCUGUCUGAGUACAGACAAGUGCUGUCCGACAUCGCUAUAGGGAUAUAUCAAGGUCUAAUAACCCUCCUCGAACGUCAGCUAGAGCGUCUGAUCUUCCCAGCCAUAUUGGAGUACGAGGAGAUCAGUGGGCUGUCGGGGCCGGCGAAGACCGCCGUCCCCUCUCCCCCCUCCGCAGGCCCCGCACGCCUCAAGCACGAGUUGGCCACCACGCAUGAGUACUUGAAAGUGCACGCUGUUGAUACUUCAUUGAGAGUUACCAUAUUUAAGCAGCUGUUCUACUACAUCUGCGCCUACAGUCUCAACCAGUUGUUAUUGCGCAAGGAUCUGUGCUGCUGGGCCAAAGGUCUGCAGAUCAGGUACAACAUAUCCCAUCUGGAGACCUGGAUUAAAGAGCAUCUAAUCGAAUAUGGGCAGAAGAAUAUGGAAGAGAUCCUGAGUGUACUGAAGCCCAUAACGCAAGCGGUGCAGCUGUUACAAGCGCGUAAGUCCAUGGCCGACGUCCGGAGUACCGUCGAGAUGUGCGUCGACCUAUCUGCCAUGCAAGUUUGUAAGAUUCUCAACAUGUACACUCCGUCUGAGGACUACGAAGUGAAGGUGACGAAGGAGUUCAUACACGAAAUCCAGAAACUGAUGCAGGAGAGAGAUGGUCCUGACGCUAAUAAGAAACCGCACAACCUUCUGAUGGAUACUAAAAUGAUAUACGCCGUACAUUUUGACUUCUGCCCGUCGCCAAUACGUCUUGAAGAUAUUGAAGUGCCUGAAGUGCUGGAACUAGAGGGCUUCCUCACGAAGAUAUAAAAAGACAAGUUACAAAAUCAACACGACAUCCCUUCUGGUGCCUUCUAGAAGGUAGAAAAAACUGAAGUUCAUUCUUCAAAAAAAAUAUAUUAGAAGCUUUUGUUCUUUUGGAAUAAGAUCUUCUUUAAAGCAAAAAGAUAUAUAAUAUGCCUUCUGAAGUUAUAUAUGUGUUAAGAGAAGUUAUAUAGAGAAAUAAUAUAUAUACCUUUUUUUUAUUUAAGAAAUAUGAAAAAAUAACAUUCCAUUCUGGAGUUUUUCAGAAGA